AUGGCUCAAGCUCCAAAGCACUCGGCCCUCGAAAGAACAAUCCAACGAGCCGUCGGUAGGGAACAGCAGCGUAUCCCAAACCGGACAAGUCAGGUACAUGAGCUGCAGACGUUUUGGCGCGAGAUUGAAGAGAGAAGGGAUCGCCAGCAGGUUCAGCAAUUGAACCAGGCGGUUGGUUAUUGCGGCAAUGGCUACGACAACGGCGUCGAUGUUGGCCCUGGUUCUGGAUCGCCUACCCGUUAUUACACAGGCAAGCCAGGACCCAAGAAGAGAGAUGUCAAUCUGCACUUCUGCAGUGUCGCAUGCUAG